CUUAUUGUUGGAUGACGAAUUUGUGCCAAUUUUCCGUCGCAAUCAGUGGUGAUUUCGUGAUUCGUGUUUCCACUACUUGCAAGUGGUGCCAGGAGGACUCCAGCCGCCCAUCAGACGUUGCAGUUCUUGGGCGACGGCGAUGCUCAGACGGUCCUGGUUUGGUCCGGCGACCACCUGUGGGCAAAAACAAGCUGCGGCGUCAACACAAAGCCUUGACGCCGCAAGACUUCUCCAGAUGGUUCACAGCCUUCCUCAGGGCGGAUUUGACCUCGGGGUUGAGCGUCCUGGUGAAGACGCCGCCGUCAUCCUCAACAUAGCAAAUGCGCAUUCCUUUCAGGUCCACCUAAAAUGAAUUUUGAGUCGCUUGGAUGAGAGCGAGGGGUUGAGUGGCCCCGAGCAUCAACAGUUUAACGCAGGCGGGCCCGGCAGCAGGGCCACCAGCAGAGCGGCGGCGCCGCGGAGACGUCGUGGCUGCUCAAAGGGCGCCGACGACGGCAGCGGCGGGCUCCGCGCCUCCACAAUUAUGCACCAGCAAAUCUCGUCCAGCACGAUGAACAGCAAAAUGGGACCUCAAGGGGAGUGGUCGCCAGGCGGCGGCUCUGCCCAGCAGCUCUCGGUGGUGACCACGGUGUGGGGUGUCACGGCCACCAGCCAGGCCGGCCCCCACCACACGACGGCCGCCUCUUACGGCGGUCCGGCCGCCUUUCCCCAGACGGCCGCUGGAGGCGGCCACAAGCCCGGAACCUUCACACAAGGCUACCACCACAGGCAGCCCACGCAACCGCACCCCAACAAUGGGUACGGUGGAGGGCCUAACGGUGUGAUGAGCAACCCUCACAUGGGCCCCAACCCUGGGGACGCUUCCGGGGCGCAGUACGGCGCCCCUAACUCGGCGCUCAGCACGGCGGCCAUGGUAGCGGCGGCCACGGCCACUGCAACGGCCACCGCCAGCGUUGUUGCUCUGCAGGAACGACAAGACAUGAGCCAGCAGUAUGCCCAGAUGCACGGUAUGUCGCAUGGACAGCAGCAGUACCCAGGCAUGGUACAGUACAACCAGCGCGGCAUGCCCAUGGGCAACCCUGGCAUGGGUCCCAACAUGGGCCAAAUGAACCCCGGCAUGAUGAUGGGCAGCCAAGGCGGAUCGAUGCCUCAAAAUCCCAAUAUGAUGCAAAAUAUGGCUGGAAAGAUGGCCAUGCAGCAGGGUCCACAGAGUGGUGGUGCCAUGUAUCCUGGCACCAACCCCCGCCGGAUGGCUCCUUACCCCUCGGCCGGCAUGCACAUGUCCCAGAAGCGGCAACAGCAACAGCAUCAACAACAGCAACAACAUCAACAGCAGCAGCAGCAACAACAACAACAAAUGGCCGGCCAGUACCCCGGAGGCUUCAACGGCGGCCCCCAACACUACCCCUUCCAGCAGCAGCAGCAGCAACCCCCGCCGCAGCAGCAGCAGCAACAACGGUUUCCCAACCAGUACCCUCAGGGCCAUCCCCAGACCCACCCUCAGGGUCAUUCCCAGGCCCAUCCGCAAGGUCAUCCUCAGGGCCACCCUCAGGGUCCUCCGCAGGGCGGUCCAGUCGGACAGCAAGGCUUCGGCAUGAGCUCUCGAGGAAGGCAAAGCACACCCCCUUACCCCCACCAGCAGGCUAACCAGGGCUACUUCAGCGGCGGCCAAAUGGUGAGUAACGGUCAGUACAGCCAGUACGGGUCGCAGCAGCAAAUGAAUGCCCAAAUGGCAGCGCAAUUAGGGCCCCAAAUGGGACCACAGAUGACCCCGCACCCGCACCCGACGCCGCAGCCCCAUUCUCAGCAGCAGCAGCAACCACCGCCACAACAGCAACCUGUGUUCCAGCAAUUCCAACAGGAAAUAAGCCAGCGCUCUGUCAGCUACCAGCACAGCCCCAUCCCCGGCAACCCGACGCCCCCUCUCACCCCUGCCAGCAGUUUGCCACCCUACAUAAGCCCCAACCAGGACGUCAAACCCAAUAUUGGGGGUGACGUCAAGCCGGUCAGCGACAUGAAACCUCCCCUUCCUGUGCAAACAGACGAUGAACUGCGGCUGACUUUCCCGGUGCGCGACGGCAUCAUCCUGCCUCCAUUCCGGCUGGAGCACAACCUGGCUGUAAGCAACCACGUCUUCCAGCUGAAGCCAACUGUGCACCAGACGCUGAUGUGGCGCAACGACCUGGAGCUGCAGCUCAAGUGCUUCCACCAUGAGGACCGGCAGAUGAGCACCAACUGGCCAGCGUCGGUGCAAGUGUCGGUGAACGCGACGCCACUCAACAUUGACCGCGGCGAGAACAAGACCUCUCACAAGCCGCUGUACCUAAAGGACGUGUGUCAGGCUGGCAGGAACACAAUCCAGAUCACAGUUUCCGCCUGCUGCUGCUCGCACCUCUUCGUCCUGCAGCUCGUACACAGGCCCAGCGUGCGCAGCGUCCUCCAGGGUCUCCUCCGCAAGCGGCUUCUCACCGCCGACCACUGCAUCUCCAAAAUCAAGCGCAACUUCAGCAACUCGGCCUCGAACGUAAUGGGCCCGUCCGACGGCGUGGAGCAAACUGCUCUCAAGGUCUCACUAAAGUGUCCCAUCACCUUCAAAAAGAUUGUGCUGCCAGCGAGGGGCCACGAUUGCAAACACAUACAAUGUUUUGAUCUCGAAUCGUACCUGCAAUUGAACUGCGAGCGCGGCUCGUGGCGAUGUCCAGUGUGCAACAAAUCUGCACAGCUGGAGGGUCUGGAGGUGGACCAGUACAUCUGGGCCAUCCUGAGCAAACUGGGGCCCAACUCGGAGGCAGACGAAAUCACCAUAGACGCUCAGGCCAACUGGAAAACGGCCAAGAGCAGCAGCGUGCACGACGUCAAGGCUGAAAACGAGUCCGAGGAUUCUUGCGGCGCCAAGAGGCACAACAAGAUGAUGUCUCCAGGCAGCCUCACCUUACCCACCAUGAACAACUGGGAAAUGCACCAAGUCAUGUCGCCGUACAUUCCUCCUGAUAUGAACAGUAUCGCCAGUGGUUCCAUGAUGAACAGCGCACAGUCAGGCUACAACUCGACAAACAUGAACAGGCCUGGCUACGAGUUUGCAGCAGGUGGGCCGAGCAGUGCCGGACAAGAGUUCGGAGGCCCCCUGUCUCACCUCAGCGAGUCGGUCAGCUUGCUUGACCCGCUCAACGCCAUGGAGAAGAGUCUCAAUGACCAGAUGCCGCAUACACCUCACACUCCACACACACCAGGGGCAGUGGCCAGCACGCCUGGUCAGGCCAACACCCCCGGAGGCGGUAACAGCGGCCCACCAAGCGUUCCACCAAAUGACCCUAACCUGUCGAGUGGCGGUCCUGGCAGCAACAACACAUCUUCAAACGCCCUUCCGCCGGCAGACUCAGAAAUCCCCUCCGACCUCAAUUUUGACCCAGCGGCAGUAAUCGAUGGAGAGGGCACUGGCCAGGAAGCACUUAAUUUGUUGCCGGACAACGUGGUGGACCCAAUGGAGUUGCUGUCGUACCUGGACCCACCAGACCUGGCGACGCCGCCGUCGAGCGGUGCCAGCAGCUCAGGAGCAAGUGGAACGCCUGGUGGCACCACCAGCGACGACAUCCUUGCCCUCUUCGAGUAGACUGCCCCUGAAAAUGGAAACAAAGAAAGAAAGACUCGCAAGUGCGCGCGCUAUCUUUUUGACUCUGACCAAAGCUCCUACUUCUUCUUUUAUACCUGCUGUGUGGACUUGCUCGCUCGUUCUCAUUCAGUGCUUUUCUACCUGUACAUAGCGCGGCCAGUAGUUCGGUGGACACUUCAGUAGCAGACUCUCUUCGUCGUUCUGCGUCCGGCCCGACUCGUCGGUUUUUCUCUCGAAAAGAACGAGGUGUGAUCCGAAAACCAUCUUCGGCUCGGUGCCGGAAUUUGAACGCCUGCGUGGGCUUGUCUGGAACCCAAAGUGUGCUCCCCCUUUAUAUUUUGACUUUCAUAUUGAAAGCUUAGUUCCUCUUUUGAAUCUGAUGUUCAAAACGCAAGCCGGGAAAUAAAAACUUGACGAAAAGUACAAAACUCGAAUUCGCAUUUUUUUCCUUCAGUAAAUUUUGGUUCAAGUAGCAAGAGACUGUUAUUCAUAAAUGUUAAUUACUGUGUAAUGGGUCUUUUUGUUUUCGACUUUCGUCCGGCUUGCACAGUUCGUUCAACCUCUCCCUUAAAUGUUGAGCAACUUUGGGCGCCGCAGCCCCUCUCUUAUCAUUUUCUGUCCUUCCGAAAGGAAUGUGUCCUCGUUAGUGUAUAAAAAUAUAUAUACGAGAGAUGAUUUUAUUUGAAGAACAGGGAUUACUUAAAUAAUAAUUUGACAAGUGCAAACCAACUAAUCUUAUUGCCAUUGUACAGAGAGAGGUCUUGUCUGUCUGUCUGUGUUUGUUGAUUGUGUGCUGUUUUUUGUAUAUUUUGUGUAAAGCCAGUCAAUACAAAAUGUGAUAUAAUUAUUUCAAUGAGACGAUUAUAUAUUUUUGCGAGAGGACUAAUUAAAAAAAAAACACUUAAGAGAAAGCAAAUAAUAAUUACGACUCAAGCGCCGAGUGUGUGUUUCCAAUAAACCUAACGUGCAAGAGGGCCUUAACAUUAAUCGUUAAUUAAUUUUGUUUCAAUGCAAAUAUAAAUGUGUACUGAGCUCCAAUGGCAAUGAGAUUACCACUGACCAGGUUGAUUGCUGUGUGCGCUCCGCACUUGAUAAUGUUUCUCAUAAUGUGUAACUUUGUUUGUUGAACGUCACAAAAAUUCAAAAGUACAAAUUUAAACAAAAAACGGUUGGACAGAGUGGCUCCUAAGUGACAACUUUCGAAGGCAAUCAAAAAACAAAUCAAUUAAUAAAAAAAUGCAACUGCGAGAGUCACUCUGUCACGUUGGUCACAAAAACGUUUUCGGUUUCAGGGUUUUGCAUUUUCUUUUUGAUUUUUUAUUUGGCCAGACUCUCAUCACUUUUUGGUGUGAAGCACGUUCUAUUUGUCCUCGUCUAAAUUUUCAAGUUUUUUUCUCCGUAGCUCUACAUCUUCUCAGAUUUUAUUUUAUUCACACUAGAAAUUAUUUCUGUAAGAUUUGUGACCAAAAUCGGCAUUGUGCUGUAUAAUAAAAACGCAACUUAUUGUUAGAAAAUCAAA